ACGGUUGUGUGUGAGUCUGUGUGUGUCUGGGUGAGAGAGAGCGCGAGUGUGUGUGUGUGUUGGCCCUCUCCCAUGGCCUCCAUGCAGGACGGGGUGAAUUUCACCGCUCCCCCUUAUGGAAAGGUCCUGGUGCUGGGGGCCAUCGCCGCUGCCUCCGCCUUCGUGGUCACCAUCCUGAUCGUUCUGCUAUGUGUAGGCUGCCAGAGGAAAGGGAAGACACACAAUGCUCAGACAGAGGGGACGAAGCACAGACUCAUGGACAUGAGUAUACUCAGGCAGUCCAAGCUGCGUUCCAUCAGCAAGUCCGACACCAAGCUCCAUGAGAUGAACAGGCUCAACUGCAAUGGCAAGAAGGCUUCCAAGAACCGCCCAGCUAGCAUGGACCUCCUGCUCCUGCCCAGCCGGCGCUCCAACUCCGACCUGCGCUGCCCGCAGUCCCGGCAGCUGCCCCAGAUCCCCACCACGCCUGGCGAGGAGCGGGACCACACCUACUCCGAGGUGGGAGGGCGCGGCUCCCCGCCCCGCUGCCCUGACGACGCCCUGUACGAGAUAGUUGGGGGCAGGGCUGGCGAGACGGACACCCCCGCUCCCCCGGCCCCCGCCAACACGCCCGCCCCUCCCAGCCCCCCGCCGGGAGACAACAAAAUCGGCGGCAACGGCUUGCCCGGCGGGAACGGGGCGCUGGUCCUGGAGCCUGGCGUGCCCCCGCAGGAUGCCGUGACCGCGGAGUACGCCUGCAUCCGCAAGGUCAGGAAGGUGGACAAACCCCAGAGGAGGGAGAACGGCACUGAGACGAGUGAGCAGGACCCGGCCCUCGCCCCGCCUCCAGCACACCCCCUCAGCCAGAAGGUCCCAAGGAAACACGUGGAGCCCUUCCAACUUCACUCUUUCCCAAAGGAAGCUGUAUUUAUGGGGAAUGGAGAACAGUACAUAUGGAAGCCACCAGAAGAUGAUGACAUGGUCAUGCUCCCACCCAAACACAUGGGCCCACACAACCCCCAACAGGGAGACAACACACAGAGCCAGCCAGCCUCAGCAGGGGUGUCUGAGAUGUACUCUAAGGUGUGCAAGCCUGGCAAGAAAAAGCGGCCCAUGCCAGGGUCUCCUCCAGCAAACAGGGAGAACAACGGGCACCGGACCCUGGCGCGCGGGGGCGAGAGGGAGGGGGGUAUGGCGGGCUUCAGCGUGGUGGUGAAGCCCCAGUCAUGGGCGGGCGGGGCCCAGCAGGAGGGACGGGCCGGGGGACCACCGGUCCCCGCGGAUGACCACUGCUACGAGUCCAUCGGGGAGAAGGCGUGGCCCCCGGGCACCGGGGAGCCCAAUCCUGAGCAUGACGCCUUGAAGAUGGAUUGGAAGCGCGAGCGCCCCAUCAACGCCACGCUGAAGCCUAAGAAGAAGAAGGAGAAGCCACUCCUGCAGCAGCAGCAGAAGUCACUGUCUAACAAAACCCUUGCCGGCGACAACCUAUACGAGAGCAUUGGAGACCUGAAGCACGGUGUGACCAGUUCCAGCACCACAACCAUAUUCACCUUCAACGACGGCAUGGAGAUGUACGUCACCGGACUGUAGCACCCCCUCAUGGACUCAAACUAAGUGCUUGCCAUUCACUCAUACGUCCUGUAGAUAUUUGCACACCCCUUGGAAAAAAAAAAAACUGACAAAAAAUGUUAAAGACUAUGGCACUGGCUUGAUUUAGCACUCAAGUAUUAUCCUCAUAGUCCCUCCCUCACUGAGUGCCAGUUGGUCUGUUUCACUGCCCAUCUCACGUUUAAAUGGACAGCUGUUUUCAUGCACCACUAGCCCUGAUGAGGGACCCUGGAUCACAGGAGCUGGUGGAGAGUUUACACUGUGGUUUACUGCCCGGGACACAUCGCACAUGAACUUCACAUCUUCCUCUGUCUGUUUACAUGUCCUGUACACGAUCCUUACAGAUGUCCUCUCGUGUCCCCAGUUUACCUCACUUCGCAUCCCCCUUUCACAUAUCACUCAGACAGGUUUACCUUGCAAAGAGGUUUCUAGCCCUGGACUCUAACUGGGUCAAGAGGAUGCCCCAGCUCUCUAUUUAUUGUUCAUAAAUUGUUAAUAAAUUGGGAAGAGAUAUAAUUGGUUGGAUCAUGACAUCGACUUUCAGGACAAAGACAAAGGAACACGGUUGGAGAUGUCUGAUAGCCAUCUCCCUCUGAGAGUAUCUAUGGUCUCCACUCUGCUAAGAGGAGAUGCCACCAUCCAGCUUAAGUGUGUAUCCUUGCAGGAACCUGCACACAAACAUACUCGCACACACACGUCCUCCAACACAAAUAAGUUGAACGGUAACAUCUCCUGAUGCCAAACAAUGUGACACGUCUCUGCUUGCUGAAAGCACAAUGAUGAGUUUUUAAGGUGGGGGAAUGGGGGGGGG